AUGGCCCCGCCUAACUACGACUCGGCUGAUAUCAACCGUUGGAUGAGAGCCAUGUCUGUUACUCGUGAGGAUACAAGUCCUUGUGAAACAGAGUUUCCAAUCUCUCCUGUAAUCGACUACGCUCAAGUGGCCUCGUCCCUGACGGGAAUGACCUCUAAAUCGGCUUCUCACAGGGAAUCACCGGCAAGUGGAUCCGGAGAAACAUCAACUUUCACCAUCAGUGCAAGGUGCGCCAAACGGUCUGCAGGCUGUGGCGACGCACAGUCUGAAAACGGGAUUGCUGAGGGAAGUGCGAAAAGGCUUAGGUACAGUUAUACUCCGUUGGCUGCUUCGACACCUAAUCCUCCAGCAGCCGAUACCUUCGUUUACCCCAACUUCGAAUGGCACAGGCAAGAUGGACGCAAAACGGAGGACGAGGUCACUGAAAUGGAGGAAACAAAUCACAUUGUGUCAAGAAUCCGCGCAACAAGCCUAUCCCAGGAGGAACAAACGACUGUCAUCUCGUCUUACUGGCCAGAGAUUCGCGACGACUAUUACAGAUCGCUUUGCGACCCAAGCAUCAGAUUCUGUAUUCCUUGUCUCAUUUGCCAAGAGAAUUGCGCGGAUGUAAGGACACCACCCUGCACAGUCAACUUCGAAAUGCCUGUCAUCCUUGCUUGUGGCCACAUGAUUGGCGAGAACUGCCUCAAAGAGUGGUUUCAAGCGCGUGAACAUGCAGAUGAGCCAAAGAACUGCCCUGUGUGCAGAAUGAAGUUGCAAUGUUCCGAAUGCAAGGAUGCGUUCGCAUACUCGUUCCUCUGUCACGACUCUCACGUCCCAAACACCCAAACCUACAGCGAGCAGCCCAUGGAGCAGACUAUUUGCAACCAAUGUCAGGCGGAGACUGAUUUUGGGAGCCGCGUUCUCCAAGGCGAACACAUUGCUGAGCCGUUUCCCGGCGGCGGUGUGUCUCAACAUUUGCAAGCUUGGUUCCGUCAAGUGAGGGAUACUUUCGAAACCGAAGCGAAAAUACGCGUAGGCCAUGGAUUGAGACCCAUUGACGUAACCGGUAUGGUUCAUAAAGAGAUUUUUGCCGAGAUGGAAGCAUGGCUGUAUUUCUUGAAGGAGAAUGUGACUUAUAGCAUGCAGGGAAGGAUAGAGACGAUGGAGAGGGAGCUCGACCAAAAUCGAUGGUGGAAUCGAGCCUCUGCAGACAGUGAAGAUGAAUCUGAGGACUAUGAGGGCGAAGGUUACGAUGAAGACGAGAGUCUCACCGAGGACGAGGAGUACGGCGGUGCUAAUUAUCGCUGGUGGGAUUGA